GGGGCCAGCCUUCCGACUGCCCGGGUCCCUCACUGACCUGCUCACAGUCCUGAUCCAUGGAGCCCCUCCCUGCCCGUUUCAGAGUAGAUGUACAUGUGUGCAGGCUGCAUGUGAUCCAGAGUAUUUCAGGAGGAGUCUGUUUACAUGAGUCCCCCCCCCCCCCCCUACCACACACACACACACACACACACACACACACACACACACACACACACUUUUCUCUGACCCAGCCAAACUAUGUGAAAGUCGAUCCCCGGCCUGCAUGUUGUUGAACCCAGACUCCGUCAUGGAGAUGGGACCGAGCAGAGACCUGAUCGAGGAUCUGGGAUAAUCCACACCUUUUCUCUGCAGGAUCUCGUCUUUGUUUGGGUUGUCCUCACAUGUCGCUCCCGGUGGUCCUGCCCGGCUCCUGCUGUCCGGGUCCCGGAUCCUCUCAGCUCGCAGAGCCGUGCUUCAGGAACCGACCCCGCGGCUUCUCCGCCUCGUCCCGGCUCGCAGGCGGCGGCUCUCGGCUGCUGCUGCCCGGGCGGCCGCUGCUGUCUCUGGGCUUGCUGCAGCUGCUGCUCGGCGGCUCCAUGGUGGCUCUGUCCUUCGGGGCUCUGUCCCUCAGCAGCUCCCCGCCCGUCCGGAGCUCCUGUCCGUUCUGGGCCGGGUCCUCGGUGAUCCUGUCAGGUGUGGUGGGACUCACCACCUGGAGGAAGCCCAUGCUGCUGCUGGUGAAUGUGUUUGUCCUGCUGUCUGUGGUGUGUGUGCUCCUUAACCUGGCUGGAUUCAUCCUAUGCUGCCAGGGAGCCCAGCUGGUUUCCAGUCUGACCAGCUGCCAACUGAGUGAGGCUGGAGAUGUGUGUUAUUGCUGUUCUGUCUCCUCGACCUCAGAUUGUCCAGAGGAGAAGCUUCUGGAGCUUCAUCCCGCUCACUCCUGCAGCACCAUGAGGAUCCUAUUGAAGAAGGUCCUGUUUGCCCUGUGUGCUCUGAACGCCCUCACCACAGCUGUGUGUCUGAUGGCAGCUGCUCUCAGAUACCUGCAGAUCUUCACCUCAAGGACACCCUGUAUGGAUGAGCCCAGGGCUGCAGUGGAAGACAGGGAAGAGGCUGCUCAGGUCCCAGACCCUGAUGAGUUUGUGGCCCCGGCCCCUCCUCCCUCUUACUUCUCUACUUUCUACUCCUACACACCUCGCCUUGCCCGCAGGAUGUUGGGGGACAGUGUGAUACCUCUCCCUCAUGUCUACGGUGCUCGGAUAAAAGGGGUGGAGGUCUUCUGUCCUUUGGACCCCCCCCCUCCAUAUGAGGCUGUUGCUGAAAGCUCCUCCUACACAGUCACACAGGACACUGAGAUUCCAUCCACCCCCCCUCCUCCAGGACCUUCGGUUGCAGGUCCAGUCCUGAGUCCUCCAACAGGAUCGUCAUCAACAGGUGUCCCUCCUCCAUCUCCUCCAUCUCCUCCAUCUCCUACUCCUCCUCCUUCUCCUCUUCCUCCUCUGCCUCCUCAGCAGUGUUCUCCGGGUCUUGUUGCUCAUAGAAGAACGAGGAUCCAUCGGUCCAGCAGUGACCCAGUACUAAUGGACCUUGCAGCCAAAGUUCAGAGCAGCAGCGAGGCCCCAGUCACCCCCCCUCAGACCACAGACUCCUCGACACAGACCUCACAGCCCACACUGGCCCCACCUACUCAGGCCCAGGUCACCCUGAGACGCGCCAACAGAGAUGGCCGAACCCCCCGUCGGCCCCGGCCCUCCUCCAUGGUGGACUAUCAGAGCUACAGACACACCCAGCAGUUGGUCCAACGGAUCCUGAAUCAGCCAGCCGCUCAGGGUCUGACCCCUGAAGUCCAAGAGCUCGUGGAGAGCAUCCGGACCGUCCUGCAGUCUGACCAGGAGCACAUGGAGGAGGCAGUGCGCUGUGCCAGCUAUAUAGAACAGGUGUUCACUGACUCACAGGUGAGUCCAAGUCGUUCUGACCCACCCCAGCAGCAGCAGCAGCAGCAGCAGCAGCAGCAGCAGCAACAGGAGGUGGUGGGUUCCUCUCAGACUUUUCCCCGUCCCCCAAGGAGGACACCUGGUCUUCUACACCUGCGGAGCUGUGGAGACCUCAGCUCCUUCACCUGCACUGCUCAGGACUCAGCUGAGCAUGGAGGAUACAGGAGGGCGGGGUCGAGGGCGGGGUCAAGGGCAGGGUCAAGGGCAGGGUCUCAUCUAGAUCAUCCUGAACGACCCCACAGUCUGAUCGGAGUCUUUAGAGAGACUGUGCUUUGAAAAUCACACAGCAGCUGACCUGUGUGUGUAUGAGAGAUAGAGAGUGUGUGUGUGUGGGUGUGAGUGCAGAGUCUUAAUAUUUCAUGAGUGAAAAAGGAAAAUGAGAGACUCUGUAAAGUGUUUUCUUGAGUCAAUAAUCGCUUUACACUUCUUUAUACUUUUUUUUAUUGACCAGAUGAAAAAAAAACUCUGAUUAAACAAAGUUUGUUUUUUACAAAUGUAUGUGUGUGUGUGUGUGUGUGUGUGUGUGUGUGUGUGUGUGUGUGUGUGUCUCUUCUCUGAUGUCACAUGGUGCCUCCUGCAGAGAGAUAUCACAGAGAUUUACUGGAGUUGAUGUUUCGUACGGUAAAGCUGGUCUCUUCAUGUUCAACUAAAUAAUUUAGUGUAAUAAAUGUUGCUGUCAGUGUUUUAAGUCA